CUGAACUUUAGCUCAUCCUUAGUUGAUCCUCAGCUGAACCUGAGGCUGGCUGUCUCUGAACAAACGCCACAGAGUGUUCCUAUUGGCUCCCUGCUCACCUCUGAAUCCUCCAUCCUGAUGUCCGACCGUCAGACGUCGGUGUGCCUGGAUGUGGUUGAUCCAUUAGCGCACCCCUCUGUAGCUCCCUCCAUUCCCACUCCCUCAACCCUCCACCCACUCCUCACCAUUAUUGAGACCACCAAAGAGUCCCUGUCCGAGGCCACUGAGGCGGGGGCCCGUUGCUUGUCGGAUCGAGGCGGCGCUGAUUGGGAUGAUGAAGGCUUGGUGAUAUCGGGGUAUGGCUCUGGCAAAGCGUUCAAGUCUUACCGGCCCCAACCGAUGCUGAAGAUUUUUGUACCCGACCUGCUCCCCUUGGACUACCGCCAUGCCAGUAACCGCCGCCCAGAGCCCACCUCAGGCCACCUCUGCCUCCACACCCUCCUGGCAAAACGAGUUAAAACCCCCAGCUAA